CAGAGACAGUUAUUCAUUCAGAACACCGGUUCCAAGGCCCCGGAUAUUGAACAUGGAACAGAUGUCAACAAACUGCGUGGGCGAUGCAAACUUAUGAAGAAUUGCCAUAUUUUUAAAGAUUUACGGUGUGACAAUCUACUGCAGAUAAACUGAUAUAGAAUUAAGAUGGCAACAACUACUGAGGAUUCUGCCAACUAUGACAGUUACGAUGAUCAAGAUUAUGAUUCUGAUAGACCAACAGAAAGAUGGGCACCACUUGGUGCUGUCUCCAACCCAGAACCAUCUUCCUCACUCACAGAACACAGUCACCGUAGUGAAUCUGAGGAGUUACAGAGGCUUGAAGAAGAGCAGGAACAGUUGAACUCCUCCCUGCUUGCAUUAACUACACACUUCGCCCAAGUUCAGUUCAGACUCAAACAAAUUGUUAGUGCAGAAAAUGAUGACAAAGAGACAUUAUUGAAAGAGCUGGAAGAGUUUGCAUUUAAGGGGAUUCCUGAUGUGAGGGGGUGUAAAGUUCAAGAUGCACAGAUACUUGAAGAAAUGAGUGAUCGAGAGCAUGAGACAAAGUUGUCAGAACAGCGUGAGAAACAAAGGGAGCUAAUUACACAACUUAAGUCUCAACUUGAAGAUCUUGAGACUUAUGCUUAUGAGACUGGGGAGUCGAAAGAAAUACCUACUAGCAAGCAGAUAGAGAAGCAGAAAGUUGUUUUGGAUCAACUGAGGAACACAUUGGACCUGAAAAUUGAUAAACUUGAUAAACUCAGUACGGAGGAACUGCGACAGGUGGUGGAUCACGCUGUUGGCCAGAUUGUAAAUCCAGCCAGGGUUAAAGAGAAGCUUGUCAGUCAGUUAAAGACACAGAUAACGGACCUGGAAAGAUUUAUUGACUUUUUACAGGGUGAAGCAACAAGUCCGGGACCACUUGGAGAGCAAAGAUGUACAUGCCCAGUUCAUACGUCUAAAAGUAAGACAAGCAAGUUCAGCUUUGAUGAGAAGUCAGUCAGCAAAGACAGGAAAGACAAAAGUGUACAUGAUUCAAGUGAACAGGAGAGUCAUGUGAAGCAACUGAAGCGGACUCUACACAUGUUACAGAUCUUCCUCAUCACACAGUUAGGGUGUGGCAGUCGCAACUUCCAGAAAAAUGCUAUGAAGAAAACAACAAAAGGCAAUCACUGGGGAGAUUUACGAGCGAGGUUAGAAGUUGCAAUAGAUAAAGUUAUGACAGCUGCUAAAUACCAGCCUGUAGAUGAGGAUGAAGAUAGGCAAGAGUUUAACAGUGACUCAGAGGAGAGUCAGGAGAUGAGUAGCCCGUUGUUGACACAGACAGUGAGGAAAGAUCUAGCAAUGGCAAUCAGGGAUCUUAUAGAGCAUGGUCUUAUGGAGCUUAGUCAGAGUUCAACUUUAGUACCAUGGGGCUGUUUUCCUUCAAGAUCAGCUGCUGUCACUAAAGAAAUGCAUGCCUGGGAUCUUUUACUCAAGUAUUAUGAAAUGAAGCAUGGAACAGAGUAUAACCAGUCCCCAGCCAGGAAGUUGUCACAGUCAUUCCACCUGGAGAUCGUGGGCGGGAAACCCAUAACAUCAAAACAGACACUCCUUGGUGCAGUAGAUACAGUCAUCUCGUCACAUACACCUCUCAAAAGAUCAGAAGAUUCCCACUUCAAGGCUUUCAUAUGUUUGGCUCUCAAUGAGAGCAAAUUGACGCAGUGGCUGAAGUUGAUUUUCCGCACACAGACUGUGGUAGACAAUUAUUACCAGGAUUGGAGUUACGUCGCAAGAACAGGGUUUGAUGACGCCAUAAAAUCAUUGGAAAAGUUGAAUACUGUGAAGUUCAGAUUACCUGUAGAUCUGGCUGUGAGACCUUUCAGUAAUAUCAAGGAUGCCUUCUAGAUACAGGCUCACAAAAUACAACAUGACAAAAAGAAAAACAACACUUGGAUCAGUUAUUGGCAAACAUUCAUAGAUUUAAGCUAGUUUAUCAGAUUUACUAAUAUUACUGAAAUGAAUCAUGAGUUACUUCCCUUCAGUGAAGGGACACCAUACAUGCCAAAAAGUGUUCUUUGACAUAAUAUUUAAUGGUUGUUGGACCAGAUACACACUACAUGUAUCUUUGAAAAGGGUUUUUCUUGAACUUUCAAAGGUUUAUUUUUUGUUAUAUGAAAAAAAACUUUUGUAGAUUCUCUUAGCUUUUUCUGAAUAUGUAGCUACAUUCUGGUAGUACAGCUUGUUACUUCACAUAGCAAGUAGUUUUUACUGGUUUCUAGAUAGCCUCAUUAUUUUUCAUGGGGGAAUAAGGAAUAAUUUUCAUGCACUUCAUAGUUGUGUCAAUCCACAGAAUUAAAUCCCUAUGAAGGAAUAAAAUUUCCAUUGAUUUUAUCUUCAGUGUUAAGUGCAAGAAUUAUUAUCCCAAUUAAUCAGCUGUUUUGGCCAUUGAAAAUGACAUCUCAUGCCAACAAAAUUAAAUCAUUUCACUGUAAAUUGCACAUUGGCACCUUACCAUGUGUUGCAGGUAGAUAUUAUGUUAUUUGUUACUUUAUUGUGAUAAAAUGAGUCUGAAUAGAUAAGUAGGUAGAGCACCCAACUACAAAUGUAGAGGUUAGGGGUUUGAUCCCCAGGGCAAGGCUGUGUUGUCACUGACAGUUUUACAAAAGACACAGUGCUUGAAGACAUUUGUUUUUACCGGUAACUUAUGGCCCAUGUUGUCAGGUCCUUGCAUAAUACUAGUACAGAAUACAAGUAUACUAGUUAGCUAAGUUGUAAAUACUGUUACAAAACUGAAAUAACUCUGAAAAUGGCUGUAAGUACACAUUAAACAUAUAAAUACUUACUGUUAUAUCAAGCUUAUGAUUGUAACACGGGAAGUCUGAGGUUGAUAUUAGAUGGAAUAAGUUUUUGUGAAGCGGUUGUGCAAUUACUAAAAUGAGUUGUGUUAUUAUUCUGUUAUUUAUUUGAAUGAAGUAACUGUAGGUCUUACAAAUGGUUUAUUUAUUUUUUUUAAAAUAUACUGUUCAAACGUUUGAAUUUAGUAGUAAAUGAUAGUGUAUAUUACAAUUUUAUUCCAAUGCUGUUGUUAACUAAACAACUAUGUUUCAACAAAAAAAAAAAGAAAUCUUUUUGCUAAUAUUUCAGUUCCUAAUAGUCUUUAAAAACUUAAUUUUUGUAGCCUUUUGUAUAUUUCUGAUUAACUAUUAAUUAAUUAUGUGUACAGAUAGGCUGAUUGUAGGGUUGGGGUGGUUACAUCUUGGUUACUGUUAACUAAUAACCCAUGUGUGUUUGUUGCUCUAAAAAUGUACAAAUUCGGGGUUAAAAUAGACACAAAGAUUUUAUAUGAUUUAUGUUUACAAAUUUAUCGAGACAUGUAAAAGUAAACUGGUUAUUUCAUUUUGUAGGAGACCAGUUUUUUUUCUGUUACCAGUUCUGUUUUAUUAGGUGAGUUUUUCUGAUCACUCGAUGUCCAGCGUCUGUCAUCUGUCGUCCGUCAACAUUUAGCUUGUGUAUGCGUUAGAGGCUGUAUUUUACAACUGAUCUUAAUGAAAUUUGGUCAGAAUGAUUACCUUAAUGAAAUCUAGGACGAGUUCGAAAAUGGGUCAUCUGGGAUCAAAAACUAGGUCACUAGGUCGAAUCAAAGAAAAACUUUGUGUAUGCAAUAGAGGCUGUAUUUUUCAAUUCAUUUUCAUGAAUUUUGGUCAGAAUGAUAACCUUGAUGAAAUCAAGGCCGAGUUUGAAAAUGGGUCGUCUGGGGUCAAAAACUAGGUCACUAGGUCAGAUCUUCCUGAAAUUAAGUCAGAAUGAUAACCUUAAUAAAAUUUAGGCUGAAUUUGAAAAUGGGUCAUCUGGGGUUCAAAAAGUAGGUCACUAGGUCAAAUCAAUGGAAAAACUUGUGUAUGCGAUAGAGGCUGUAUUUUUAAAUUGAUUUUCAUGAAAUUUGGUCAGAAUGAUUGCAUUGUUGAAAUCUAGGUUAAGUUUGAAUAUGGGUCAUCUUGGGUCAAAAAUUAGGUCACUAGAUCAAAUCAAAGAAAAACUUUGUGUAUGCGAUAGAGGCUAUAUUUUUCAAUUGAUCUUCCUGAAAUUAAGUCAGAAUAAUUGCAUCGAUAAAAUCUAGAUCAAGUUUGAAUAAGGGUCAUCUUGGGUCGAAAAGUACGUCACUAGGUCAAAUCAAAGAAAAACCUUGUGUAUGUGUUAGAGGCUGUGUUUUUCAAUUGAUCUUCAUAAAAUUUGGUCAGAAUGAUUGCCUUGAUAAAAUCUACAUUGAGUUUGAUUAUGGGUCAUCUGGGGUCAAAAAGUAGGUCACUAGGUCAAAUCAAAGAAAACCCUUCUGUAUGCGAUAGUGGCUGUUAUCUUCAAUUGAUCUUCCUGAUAUUUGGUCAGAAUGAUAGCCUUGAUGAAGUCUAGGUCAAGUUCGAAUAUGGGUCAUCUGGGUUUAAAAACUAGGUCACUAGGUCAAAUCAAAGAAAAACCUUGUGUAUGCAAUAGAGGCUGUAUUUUUCAAUUGAUCUUCAUGAAAUUUGGUCAGAAUGAUAGCCUUGAUGAAAUCUUGGUCAAGUUCAAAUAUGGGUCAUCUGGGGUCAAAAACUAGGUCACUAGGUCAAAUCAAAGAAAAUACUUAUUUAUACUCAAGAUUUUUUGCUCCAAUUUUAAUGAUAAUUGGUCAGAAUAUUUUUUCCAUGAAAUCACUAGGUCAAAGAUGUUUACACUGUUAUGAUGUGUUUCUCAGGUGAGUGACCUAGGGCCAUCUUGGCCCUCUUGUUGUUUGAGGGAAUUUAAACUGAAUUAAUCUCGAGGUUGUGCUGAUCCAAGAAACUAGAUAUAAACAAAGGGAUGUAUUUCUUUUAUUUCAUACUUAAAAUGUGAAAUCCAUCCAUUAACAUCACCGCAAAAAAUAUUUGUGCAGAAAACAAUUAUUUUAUGUUGAUAGAAUUAAGGUGUAUCAACUUCUUUUUGUUUUGCAUAAGAUGGCACCUUGUUUUUAUACAAAUCCAUCAGUUUUUAGAAAUCAAAUUCUUCAGAUGACAUUGUUUUGUAAAUUUAUUCAUUCCAAUGGUGUACGAUGCAAUAUCUCUGUAUGUGACAUGUUUCCAGUGUAAGCUUGCCAAAAUGUUUCAUACCGUUAUAAGAUCUUUUUUUAUUUCUUUUCGAUCUUGUUUUGUUAUUUGUUUGACAGCAGUUUACUUGUGCAAUAAAAUUUUCUUGUUGUUUUCAUUAAUUGAGUUAAUGUUAAGAUUUUUUAAACAUUUCUUUUUGUAAUUAGAAAGCUGGUUUUUCACGGUAAAAAUAAAUUUCAAAUGAUUUUUUUUUUUUCAAGAUAACUACUUCUGGACCAAUACGCAUUUAGAUUAAUACAUAAUUCCUUACAAAUUUUGUUAUUUGUUUUAUAAACUUACUAAAAUGUGACCUGAUUGCUCAUCUAUAUUUAUAAAACUUUUGAAGCUUCUGUUCAGAAUUGGGCAUUGCAUUUAAAAUUAAUAAAAUGUUAUAGAUUUUAAUAGAAGGUCAUUUUUUCAUAAUACAUUCCAGUAUAAUAUGAGCCGCACCAUGAGAAAACCAACGUAGUGUGUUUGCGACCAGCAUGGAUCCAGACCAGCCUGCGCAUCCACGCACUCUGGUCAGGAUCUAUGCUGUUCGCUUACAAAGCCUAUUGCAAUUAAAGUAACCAUUAGCAAACAGUAUGGAUCCUGACCAGACUGCAUGGAUGUGCAGGCUGGUCUGGAUCCAUGCUGGUCGCAAACGCACUAUGUUGGUUUUCUCAUGGUGCGGCUCAUUAUGCUUUUUAUUUCGUUCAUCUUUCAUUUUGAGAUAUUUUCUUUAAUAGAAAUCCAUUCCUAUUUAUUGCUUAUAAUACAAAGGGUUGUUAAAGAUCUGUUAAUGUAACUUCAUAUUUGUUACUAUGUUUUAUUUUGUUGUGUAUUCUUGAUAUGUACUUUAUUUAAAUUUUUGAGAUUUUAUAUUUUUCUCUUUCAGAUUUUACUUUGUUCUCCAUCCAAAAUCCUUACAUUAUCUGAAUUCUAUGAUUGUUUCUUACUUUUGUUUAAUACAUAAAGAUGUAUUUGCUUUUAUAUCGGUUAAAGGUUUUUGUUUAUGAAUCACAUGUAUCACAGUUUACAGUCUGUUAAAUUUGAGUUGAUUAUACUGUAAAUGGACUCAGAUGCGAAAUUGCACCUCUCUGCAAAGACAUAUAUUGGUAGCUUCUUAUAUACAUUUGGUUACAUACUGUUUGUCUUUUGACUACAUGUUAUACAUAAUAAUUAAUUAUAUAAUAAUUAAUGACAUAAUGUUGAUAGGACCAGAGUUACUUGGUUGCAUUCAGUGCUUCUGAAGAAUCUUUUCACAGAUUUUAGUUAAUAAAAUUUAUUUCAUUUUUCACAAUUUUCAAAAUAUAUAUUUAUUUGGUUUUUGUACACAUUAACUCUGUCAUGAUCAGUGUAUAUACAGAUAAGACCAUUCUUAGCAAUAUUUAAAAUGUAUUGGAUAGAUAAUACAAUGUAGGUAUCCCUAAAAUGUAGUGAAGCAGUUUUGUUCUUGUUCUAACACAGCAAGUGCCCCUGUAAUAACAGUCAGCAAUUUCUGUUGGAUUAUGUAAUCUCUGUAUUAGAACUUCUCCAGUUAAGAAAGUAGUCCAGUUGUAACAUGGUGUUGCUUCAAAAUGAGGGGUCAUGAAUUCAAGACCUUGUUCCCUCGAUUAAAUUUCUAAGAGUGUUGUAUUGGUUCUUCACAUGUGGCAAGCUAGUGACCGGGGAACCUUCUGAAAGCAGAAUGUCUUCUGUAUCUUGCACUCUCCUCCCACUUAACUAACAGUCUGGCGACUAUUAAGCUUAUAUACACAAUCAAAUUUUUCAGUUACUAUGGAAAGUCGUCCUUGUAUAACCUGACACUUCUAGCUGAAUUACACAGAAAUUGCUUAUUAUGAUUAUGGGUGCACUACCUUAAGCAUUUUCCAGGAGAAUGUAUUUACUAGUCAUUUUUGUUAUGAACCUCUCAUUAUGAGAUUUUAUGUUGUUUUAAGAUUCUCAGAAUUUUGUCUGUUUUGUCUUGUUCUGUGUUUUCUGUUUCUUAUUAGAGGUUUUUUCUGUAGUCUAGUUUAUAGGAAGUCUUAUUGUUUAGAAUAUGAAAAAGGUAAAAAAAAAAGCUUUGGAGAUUUCCUGCUAGUAAAUUAAUACCAAGUACAUGUAUUAGAAGGGAUUAUAUUUAAAAUUUUCUUUUUGGGGAAAUAGCCUAGUGGUAGCUAGUAAAUGCUUGUGGUUGCGUUAUGGUGUUUUAUGGUAAAAUACACUGAAUUACAUAAGACUUACUUUCAAAGAGACAUCGGCAUAAUGAUUUAAAUAACAGGCUUGUUCCUUUCACCUUUCUUAACAUUCUUGGGAAUUUCGAUUACUGUUCUGUUGGUCUAGUAUUGUUUCUGUGUGGUUAUCAGCCCCGUUACUGACUACCAUCAUGAAUGGGAACAAUGAAUAAAUAGGAAAUCAGCUUUGCAACUGCUGGGGUAUAUUUGGACCAUUUUCACUUCUGAAGUUCCUUUUGGGUAGUAAUUGAUAAAAUUCAAUGAAAGCUUCAUACCUAUAUCACCAUUUGCACUAUAGCUGUGAUCUUUUUCUUGCUAUUGUAUCCUAUAUUUUUGGAUCUAUCCUUUCUCUAAUGUAUAAGAAGUGAUUGUCAUGUCUUUACAAUCUGCAAAACUUUAAUGCCUGAUAUCUGCUAUUUUGUUACAAGGAGAAAAAAUGUAAACAAAAAUUUGUAAUUUGUUUAUCCUGAAUAACUUAAGCAGUUAGUUUUUUGUCGAGCCUGCUGGCGAUGAGCUGGACAUAGUUGUCACAAUGGUGGUUCAGUGCAUGCGUCCGAGUUUGUCCAGGCUGUAACUUAUCAAUGGAUCAAGGUAUUCUUAAAUAACUUGGCAUAUAUGUUUGCCUUAAUGACAUGGUAUGUCGUACGCAAGAACCAGAUUGGUAGCUUAAAGGUCAAGGUCAUACUUUAAAGUCAAGGGUCAAAACUCAGUGCUGUUGCAUUGAGAGAUCUUAAAUAUUUUGGCACAAAUGUUUGCCUCAAUAAUAUGAUGUGUCAUUUGCGACAACCAGAUUGGUAGCUUAAAGGUCAAGGUCAUACUUAGAGGUCAAAAGUCAAAACUUUGUGCAGUUAAUGUUAAUCCUUUUCACAGCUGGCAGGCUCGACCUGUUGCCUGUGGGCAUCUAGUUUUCACCUUCAAAAUGAAAUGCAGGUUUAUAGUACUGCUCUUACUGAGAACCAUAUAAAUUUUCUGUUCCACCGUAGACUUUAGGUCAAUAUAGAGAUACUAACUUUUAGUGUUUUUUCAGUUUUAAUGUUUUCGCUCUAUGAUGGUUUUGAUUUGUUAAAGUUUUAGGUAACUCUUUUUUUGUUUCAUCCUAAACUAAUCUUUCUUUACUCAUUGCCAAAGAGCCAUUUGAAAUCCAACUUACUUUUUACAAGCAAGAUUUUAUGUUCAUUCUUUACAAUGGAAUAUUGAUAAAUGAAAUAAAAAUGCAAUUAUUUGUUUAAAGAAAUGCCGAAAUAAAUAAAAGCAUAUAUUGAUAAGAAAAAAAUA